AUGAGUGCUGCUGUACACCGAAUAUACGGGUGAUCCUAGUCGGAUAUGUAGAUAUCGAAGCUAUUUUUAAUUAAAGGCCAUGCUGGGGAAUAUUAAUGAAUAAUCCUACCAGGGUAGAUCAUCCUCCAGACAGGCGAAUUAUAAUAGAUUUUCAGCACCAGAACAGGUUUUGUGGAGAGAACAGAAUGCAGGUGGAUACCAUGAAAGGCAGACUGGUAGGCAUUCUACAAUACAUUGGAAGAUUAUUUUUGCUGUCCAUCAAGUUCUUAUGUACUACUUUUAUUCCUAUUAAUAUAGAUCAGUAUGUUCUUUUGGUGGUUCGAACCAGAGAUCUGGAAUACUGAUUAGACUGUUCAUUUGGGCGCCAGAAGAGCAAAAAU